CACUCACAUAUUUUGUAAAACGAAACGUUAGUACAUGUGUGGACGCUUACGUAGAUAUAACGAAGCCGGCCGUGCGUGCCGUGCUGUAUUAUUUUUGUAUAUCGCAUAUGACAAUAAAUUUAUUUUAAUCAAAUAUGCUGAAAACCAGGGCCGAAAAGGCUCGUGAGUAUCGGCGAAGACUAAGAGGAAAUAAGCCUAAACCACCGCCAAAAACUUCAACAGAACGUGUCCGUGAAUUUCGUGCACGCCGAAAGGCGUUAUUAAAUGAGCAAGAUAGUGAUUCCGCUACGGAUAAUAACGCGUCCACAGUGCAAAAUAGUGAAAACGUUUGUAACAAUUUCUCGGUGGAUGAAUUCGAGUUGCAAGAGAAUGCUUCUAUUGGUUUUAAUAAUGAAAAUUAUCAUUCUCAUAUUAUGAAUCACAACUCAGGUAACUCUACAAUGGAUUUAAAGCUUGAAUUUUCGGUUUCCCCCACGCAUGAUAACGCGUUCACUGUGCAAAAUAGUGAAAAUGAUCGUGAUAAUUUUACGGUGAAUGAGUUAGAUGUGCAAGAAAAUGCUUCUAUGGGACAUAAUAAUGAAACUAAUAAUUGUAGCUGCCCAGCGGAUGUAAAGCUUGAAUUUCUGGACUGCCCUACGCAUGAUAACGCGUCCACUGUGCAAAAUAGUAAAAACGUUUGUAAUAAUUUCCCGGCGGAUGAAUUAGGUAUGCAAGAAAAUGCUUCUAUUGGAAAUAAUAAUGAAAAUGAUCAUUGUAACUUUCCAGCGGAUGUAAAGCAAGAAUUUCUGGAUGCCCCUAAUCAUGAUAACGCGUCUACCGUGAAAAAUAGCGAAAACGGUUCAGAUAAUUUACCGGUGGAUGAAUUAGACGUACAAGAAAAUGCUUCUAUUCGACCAACUAAUGAAAAUGAUGAUUGUAACUUCCCAGCAGAUGUGAAGCUUGAAUUUCAGGACCUAUAAUUUCUUCGAAAUAAAGAAGAAUUUAAAAAUAAAAAUACACCUGCGUUCUUACCAUCACUGGAUGAAAGACUUGCCUCGCCGUGAAAUACGGUUGAGACACGUCCAUGGGCAAUACGCAAUUUAGAUGCAAAUUAUUAAUGUGCCAGUCGACUUGAAUAAUAUGCUGAAACAUUUACCUCGAAAUAUUGAUGAUGAUCAUUAUAUAAACGUUCGUAUAAAGAGGAAGACAAUUCACAAAUCAAGCUAUUUAGUGGGACUCGUAAAUGAAAGAAGACUUCGUUGGCGUCAAUACUUGCUUCAAACACCACUUUAUGUUAUGCACGAUAAAAAAAUUUAUGAAGGAUUCCGGGCAUGCAGUGAAAUGGUACUCCCUCAGCAAGACCUCGAAGGAGCGUUUUUGGAGCACUCCGGGUAUGGAUUAAA